UGAUCACUGAUCAAUCAACAAUCAACACUCAGAGGACUCGCACAUAAAAUUUUAACUUUCUAACUUUAAUGGCGGCAUCGAGAACUUACGUCAGCAGAGGCAACCACCUCCACCGUUACUUCUCCGGCGAACACGAAUCUCCUCCUCCUCCUCACUCGAUCUUCGAGUUCACCGAAUUCGACAUCUGGAACGUCGCACCGUCGCCGGAGCUUAAAAAAACCGUCACAUCUUCUCGAACCUCAAAAAAACCGUUUCCGGUGACGGCGAAUCGGAGAGAAGUCACCGGCACGACGGCGCCGGUUGAUGUUCCGAACUGGCCGAUGAUACUGAAGGAGGAGAUGACGGAGAAACGUACGGGCGAUGAGUUUGACGGUGAAGUGUACGGCGGUGGUUCUGGUGAGGUAGUUCCGCCGCACGAGUAUUUAGCGAGAGGAAGAACGGCGUCGUUUUCGGUUCAUGAAGGAAUUGGAAGGACGUUGAAAGGACGAGAUCUGAGUAGAGUUCGUAACGCUGUGUGGAAGAAGAUUGGAUUUGAAGAUUGAAGUUGAGGAUUGAUUGUGGAUGAUGAUGAUUCAUCCGAAAUUUUGUCUACACGAUCGGUUAACUGUACUAUUAUGUUUACUAGUUGCCAUGAAAAUAUUGUUUUGUUUGUACCUGAGAAUGCGAUUUGCAAAUUUUGAGACCGAAAUAGUGAAAUGUGUAGUUUGUUUUGAUGAUUU